AUGGAUUUCGCCGCUGCUGGUGCUGUGGCAGCGCGACGUGUCGGCUCGAAACGAGCGCGAUUGUGGUGCGAUAACACGUCGCGGCAAAGUCGCACAUCAUGUGAUUUACGUACAAUACGCGCGGAUCGCGCACCAUCGUUACGUGGCGAUACGGAGCAGCAGUUAAGAGUUCCUGUUGUUCCCCUUACGUUAAAAAUGGAUGGUGCUAGUGUUCUCGCAAAAUCUCUAAAAGAACAGCAUGUCGAAUAUAUGUUCGGUGUAGUUGGUUUCCCGAUUAUUGAAGUUGGAAUGGCAGCACAAGCACAUGGAAUCAAAUAUGUUGGAUGUAGAAAUGAACAGGCGGCUUGCUACGCGGCUCAAGCUAUGGGAUAUUUGACGAAAAAACCAGCCGUAUGUCUGGUUGUGUCCGGUCCUGGACUACUUCAUGCGGUUGGUGGCCUUGCCAAUGCAACUGUAAACUGUUGGCCUGUGAUUUGCAUCGGUGGCUCGUCGGAUGUCGAUCAGGAGAACCGUGGAGCAUUUCAGGAAUGGCCGCAAACGGAAUCGGCACGGCUUUGCUGUAAACAUGCUGUUCGAGAAUGCAUGUAUGGUCGUCCUGGAGCUGUUUACAUUGACAUGCCGGGGAAUUUAGUUCUAUCCACCAUGGAAGAGGAUCAAAUCCCGUCCGUUUACAAGCUAUUCGUCUGUGCCGAAGGUGCCGUUACCACCACCGGUUUGUCUUCCACCAUUGUCGAUAGUGCGCAGAGCUGCGGUUACCAUCAAACAAGCGCAGAAACCCCUGGUGCUGCAUGGUCUGAACGUGGUUCAACGAUGGUUCAACAGUUCCUCACGAGUAGUGGCCUACCAUGGCUGGCCACACCUGGAGGCAAAGGAGUAUGCACGGACUCUCAUCCGAGAUCAGUAGCUCCCGCUCGAUCGUUUGCGCUCCGUGAAAGCGAUUGUAUCGUACUUAUAGGAGCAAGACUGAAUUGGAUGCUACAUUUCGGUUUACCUCCCAGAUUUAAAAGUAAUGUAAAGGUUGUUCAGAUCGAUAUUUCUCCGGAGGAAUUCCAUCAGAAUGUGCAAACAACGGUGCCGUUACUUGGUGAUAUUGGAGAGACUCUUAGUUUGAUUCGUGAUUUCUUAGCUAAAAACGACGUGAUUGUGGUGAAUGAGGGAGCAAACACAAUGGAUAUCGGGCGAACAAUGAUGCCAUCGUUAUUGCCACGACGACGACUGGAUGCUGGAACUUUCGGAACGAUGGGUGUUGGUCAGGGAUACGCUCUCGCUGCUGCUUUAUUCUGUCGUGAUUAUUCACCAACAACGAAGGUGCUCGUUGUUCAAGGAGAUAGCGCUUUCGGAUUUUCGGGCAUGGAAAUCGAGACCAUAGCAAGAUAUAAGUUGCCUGUCGUUACUGUAGUGCUCAACAACAGUGGUAUUUAUCGUGGAAUGCUUCCGGAAGACAUGAAAGCGGUUGACGGGGAUCCAACAUUGCUGUAUCCUGUGUUGUCGCUCAGUCCCGAAUGCCGCUACGAUGAACUCUGCCGUGCGCUUGGUGGUGACGGUUAUUUUGUGAAAAAUGUUCCUGAGAUCGAACAGGCACUUUCUAAGGUGGGUAAGUCUGCAGCGGAGAGAGCUCAAAAUAUCAACGCUGUUUGGGGUAAGGGAAGCAUUACCGAAUCCACGGACAAGAGGAGGCGUUUUGGUCGAUGGAUGGACAAGGAUGAAGCUCUCAAGUACUUGCCUGAGGCCGAAAAUGCAAAAUGCAAAAGAAGACCAUGGUGA